AAAAAGACGGUUCGCCGAAAGUCGAACGAACCCGACGCGCCCGACGCUGCCCGACGUUCGACGUCGAGCAUUGUGUGCGGGAAAAGUGCGCGACACCCCUAUUUCCCCUAUCCGUUCGCACUCGGAACGCGCUCUGACAUCGGGGCACCCUACUCGGAGUGCUCGGGCAGCGCCUCCUGCUCCGCAUUGUCCUGCUCGGAGUGUGAAUAGGGACAUCAUCCAUCCUAAUGGUGACCUAUUGCUCAGUGCCGAAAUGCACUUCUCGAAAUGCGCCUGGCGUCAGCUUUCACCGGUACCCAAAGACGCCAUGGCUACGAAAAGCUUGGGUCUUCAAAUUGAGAACGGGCAAGACACCGUCAACGACGGCUGUCGUCUGCAGCAAGCAUUUCCAGGAGCAGGACUUUGUUUACCCGGUCUACAAGUCUCUGGGCUACAAGUACCGAAGGUUAACGGCAGAAGCAAUUCCGUCCAUGAACCUUCCCGCGCGUCCACAAGGUGCGAGGCGAUCGAGCGAGGGAUCGGCGAAACGGCAGCAUAAAAGAGGCGCUGCUGAACCUCCUCAGCUGCCACAGCCUCUGAUCUCCCCAGAGCUGAACCCCUUGACAACACAACAGGAUGCGAGGAACAGUUCCACUAACUGUACAGUGGAGUGUGCCACAGCCGAAGCAGCACGAGAGAUGGAACAUGCGGAGGACGACGGUCUGUUGAUUUCAAGACUAUGUACCAUCCUAACCCCUCCUGAAAUGUCAGCUGGACCUUCAGCCGAAAUGGGAGCAAACGCCUCAGUGGUCCCUGUGGAAGGUCUCGGCCACAAAGGAGCACCUCUGGAGGAGACAACCUGCCCAUUGGAAACUGCCAGCGACAUCCAAUUUAGCUGUUGUUUCUGCAACUAUGUCACUAGAGAACAGCGUGGAAUUGUGAGCCACCUAAUUGCUCAUGCUAACGAGCAACAUAUCAAUACCCUGCGUUGCCCAAUGUCAUUUUCUGCAAAACAGGACUGCAGCAUUCGCUCUACGGGCCACAUGAAUGAAAGGCCUUUUGAGGACCAUUUGUGUCCGGCAGCAUCCCAUGAAAAUGGUGACCUGUGCAGUUAUGAGCAAGUGGACGCUCAAGAAAAGUCUAAAUGUCAGCUCUCUCCCAUGUCACAGAGUUCCCAAGAGCCCAUUGCAGCUAAAAAAGUGUUUCAGUGCCCCAACUGUCCAAAGACCUUUCUUAGAAAGCAGUCCCUUGUACGCCACAAGUGUAUACACACAGGAGAGAAACCUCACAAGUGUCCAUACUGUUGCCGCACCUUUGCUCGAAGUAGCACUUUAAUAACUCACGUAGAGACACACACUGCUGGAAAACCCUACAAAUGCCAGCAAUGUAAUGAGACCUUUGCUACUAGGAGCCAGUUGGCCAGACACGCUACCAUACACACAAUCGACAAGCCUUUCAAGUGUCAGCUUUGUCCUAGCUCCUUUGUUGUGAAGAAAACUUUACAAGUGCACAUUGGGAGGCACACUGCUGAAAAACCCUGCAGAUGCCAGCAAUGUAAUAAGACCUUUGCUACUAGGGGGCUUUUGUUCAGACACAUUGCCACACACAGAAACGACAAGGCUUUCAAGUGUCAGCUUUGUCCUAGAUCCUUUGCUAUGAAGAGAAAUUUACGAGAGCACAUUAGAAGGCACACCGGUGAAAAGCCUUUCAAGUGUCAGCACUGUAAUAAGGCCUUUUUUUCCAGCUCUAAUUUGAUGAAGCACACUUACGUACACAUAAUCAAAAAGCCUUAUAAAUGCCCCCACUGUCCCAGAGCCUAUACUCAGAGUGGCACUCUAGAAGCUCACGUAAGGAUGCACACUGGUGAAAAACCUUACAGGUGCUGGCAGUGUAGGAAGGCCUUUACUCACUGCACCAGUUUGACCUGGCAUGUUAACACACACAUAAUCGAAAAGCCCUUUAAGUGUCAGCUUUGUCCCAUGAGCUUUUCUGCACAGCCUCUCCUGAGCAUUCACAUGCAAGGACAUAAGGUUGCAUCUCGUGGGGCUUCUGUGGCAUCAGAAAAAGGGGAUAGGCCUUUUAAAUGUCCGCAGUGUCCCAAAGCUUUUUCUGUGCGAUCUCGCUUGACCAUUCACAUGCAAGGGCAUAACAUUGAGUCUAAUGGGGCUCGUACGGAAGCAUAUAAAGGUGAUAGACCUUACAAAUGUCUACAUUGUCCCAAAGCUUUUGAUUGGAGUACCUCCUUGGCCAUCCACAUUCGAACACACACAGGCGAAAAGCCUCACAAGUGCUAGCAAUGUCUGAAGGCCUCUUUCUAGAGUACCUUUCUGGGUAGCCACAUUUAAACACACACAGGCAAAAGGUCUUGGAGGUGCCAACAGUGCCCUAGGACCUUUGCCAAUUAAGCUAGUCUGACCAGACAGAUUCGAAUCCACACACGCUUGAAAGGCCUUACCAAUAUGAGCAGUGCCUCAAAAUCAUCACUGUGCAAGGACAUAAUGCUGGUCAGUCUCAUGUGGCUUGUAUGGAUACCUAUACAGGGAAUAGGCAUUACAAAUGCUUACAUUGGCCCAAGGCCUCCAAGUGCCGUUCCAAUCUGGCCAGCCAUGCAAAGACCACCAUGCAAGUGUCACGAGGGCCUCUCCUUGCAAGGCCACUUCUAAGAGGUGGGGGAAGGUGCAAGGGAGAGCAGAUUGGUUUGAGAAACCAAGAUGUCUCACCGACUGUCAACCCAAAGUUCAAGGUUCUUCAGUUGAAGGAGAAAGUCACCGAGGCCCAUGGGAAAGCAGUGCCCCAAGUCAGACAUCUGACAAGAUGGGCCUGCGAUGCUUUAUGGUUCGUGCCAAAUGCCAGGACCAUCUUAAUGCCGUUUACUACCAAAUAUUGAUAAAAUCAAAGCUGAGUUGAAGAAAUUAUGUGCUGCAGAGGGAACAGUCUUGAAAACAGUGAUUUUUCACGGGUGGAUUGUAAACAAAGACUGUUUGAAAUAAGGACCUAAUGCAGAUAGCCAAUUUUCUAUCGGCGCCUGAUAGCUUGAUGUCCUUCACAAAAAGCAUGUUUUCAGCUCACAAUUUCGGCGAAGUUUCUUGUUCCGCGACAUGGGGCUAAACUACUGAUGUGCCGUGCUAGCUUCACAUACUGUAAACGACUUUUCGCGGGCUCAAAUUUUCGCGAAUCGAGCCAAAGCUGAAAAUUUGAAAUUAUUCGCGGGUUUUAAUUUUCGCGAAUCGAGUGGAGCUUCCAUAGCUUUCACAUAUUGCCAGAAUUUUUCGCGAAAAAUUUGCAAAAAUUAGGUCCUUGCGAAAAUUUUGUCGUUUACAGUAUGCUGUCCGAAAGCGAUAUGGACAUGUCUAGAGCCACUAAACUAUGCUUCGGUGUAGCGACACCAACCAUUUUGUUGCUUAAAAUCAUUUCCGACAGUUAUCGAACUUGCAGCAAACAUUUUUCUUUCCCUUACGAGUGUUAGAACAGCCUGCGACGGCAUAACUAUAUCGCCUGAGGUUACUGAUGCCACAUCUGGAGCUUAUGAAGUUGCAUUUUCGAAUCAAGAGUAUUGCCAAUUCUGCUCUGAAGCAUAGCUUAUUGUGUGGGUCUAAAUAUGUCCGCAAUCAACCCUCGUGACGUCCCCUCAUCUUAUAAUAGAAGAAUGUUUAGACAGCUUAGCCCCAAGAUGUACCUCAGUGCUAAACGUCUAAACUGAACGUGAAAGCUGCCAUUAAAAACACUGGAUGGAAGGUGGGGAGCGGUGUGGAAAACCCCAGUUUUUACAAAGAAAUGCUGAAAAUUAUUUAGCCUGUGAUGCAAAUGACUCCUUAGACGUAAUAAGAAUUCCAGUGAUGGUGCUGUUUGAAAAAUUUAGGGACAAGGAUUUAGCAGUGUUACAAAUGGCCAAGAUGCAAGGCAUUAUAGUUUUGCCCUUUUCAGUGUUUUGGAAUGAAAAUUACCUGUAAAGAAGGGCGAUGAGCAUUUUUAAGUGUUAGAAAUGUGUCGCCGGUUCUUAACGAAUCAACCAGGAACUUCUUGUGCACUUUAAAAAUUCAAGUACCAGCUUCCGAAUUUUUGCUUGCUAGGGUUUGCUUUUGCAAGUUUAAUUAUUGAGACAGUGAUUGAGGUAAUUUUGUUAUUUUUGACGGUUUUAUCUUUCAUUGCUGAGGUUUAGGCUUCCCAGCUGUGUGACCCUGCGGGAAGUGGCUGGAGGUGGUGAAUUUGUGGCACCAUGUCUGUUGUAUUCUACUUUGCUUGCCACGGCCAAGGAUGACUGCCAGUAUAUGAGAGUGUGACUUCACUUGCACUUCAUGACACUGUUGGUAACAGGACUUCAGCACUUCCUUGUGUUUUGUUAAAAAAAAAACAUGCCCCACCACACUAUGUAGAUAUUGGAAAUAAUCGAGUUUCGAUAAAGAUACAAAAAAAAAGAAAGAAAACUGGCAAUCGCUCUUUCGUGUUAUUACUGUCGUGCUGUGUACAUAGAUGGUUGCAUAUGUGAUGCACGUCAUUGCUGUUGAAGAGAAAGCUUUUGACAAUGAGUGCUGGAAAUGUUGCAGCCAAGUUUUGAGACCCUUGUGUGCAUUAUCCCUUUAUCUGUUCCUUAGACUCGGGUUCCCAAAGUGGCAAGUUCACUAGUUCGCCCAUAUUUUUUUGUCUUGCGCUUGAAGAUCUCCGAUCAGACGUAUGAAUUGCCAGAAAGAUGGCUGCUCCGGUUCGUUGCACACGACAGUUCGAGACGCGCUUGCUACCUUGCUUCUGACGAGUUAUUCCUUUCAGCUCUUCCCAAUUCUUUCGGGUAUCCCAAUAAGGGAGGCUUGGCCACUAUGCGUCAGCAUCUCAAUGGUGCUUAGCUGCGCUCGAUCGUGGUAAUACCUUCCCACGACAACGGACAUUAUGAGUAUAUGGUUUUCUGGUUUUUUAAUUCUUAUAUUUCAUUCAACUAUGCCAGUCUUAGAGGAUUUUAUGUAAAGUUAGUAUUUUUUGGCUCAACAUUGCCUAAUUAAUGCGGCUGGGGGAAUUUGGUUGACUCGUUUUCAAAUGUUGGCAAACAUGCUCCAGUUCACUUGCGAGGAACUCCAGUGGAUGUUAUGAGCCAUCCUGGCAGAUCAAGCACUGCAUACAUAUCGCGUGACUAUGCACCCCGUGCAUUGCUGCAUCUUUCCCCGAGGUCACGCGACGCUCGCAUAAAAUGCCAAUGCGUGCAAACAUUUCUACAAUUGCUCCCAUAUGAAGUGCCGUUUUAACUAAAUAAAUAUCGUAAAGAAAACAUUAUGAACAAUUUUCCUUUCAAGGAAUUUAGGAAGUUUUUGUGGAAAACAGAAUUGCAAUUUCUUGUAUCAUAUCAUGUAUGUCCAAGUCACCAAAUAUCUUUUUGUCGUGUGAAUCCACUUAGACAUAAAAUGUGUAAUGAGCUAUAGUGGUUAUCUGCAAUUAUUUUUCUUUUCAUCUUAUGUGCUUGAAUGUAUAUGCAUUUUAUUGUCUAUUUUUGUACUAUGUUGCACAUUUUGUAUUAUUCACUUGUUUUUCAUAGUUUCUGUAAAAAUGCCGAAGUUGUGCAGUUUUUUCUGGUUUUACUUAUUUUUUUUGAUGAAACUUUGCUGCUGCUUGUAUGGGCCCCCAGACACCCUCAAGCUGUCUUUGACGGCAUUUCUUCUGGGGACCCCCAACGACAUGUUGGAAAAAUAAACAAAUUG